UCGCCGCCGUGUCCCUGCGCUGCUCCAGCCAGUCUCCUUUAGGGCUUGUGGCCUCGAUGUCCUUCCCUCGUUGUGCCCUGUUGUGGGCUCGGCUCCCGGCGGGGCGCCACGCUGGCCACCCGGCAGCCGUCUGCUCUGCCCUUCGCGCCCACGUGGGGCUCUUUCCUGGGUCUCUGGGGCGCGUUCCGGCCGUUGCCUCCGCCUCCUCCUCUGCCUCAGGGGGUUCUAAAGCCCCGAACACAUCCUUGUUCGUGCCGCUGACUGUGAAACCUCAGGGCCCUAGCGCGGAUGGCGAUGUCGGGGCCGAGCUAACCCGUCCUCUGGACAAGAAUGAAGUAAAGAAGAUCUUAGACAAGUUUUACAAGAGGAAAGAAAUUCAGAAGUUGGGUGCUGAUUAUGGACUUGAUGCUCGUCUCUUCCACCAAGCUUUCAUAAGCUUUAGAAAUUAUAUCAUGCAGUCUCACUCCCUGGAUGUGGACAUUCACAUUAUUUUGAAUGAUAUUUGCUUCAGUGCAGCUCAUGUGGAUGAUUUAUUUCCAUUUUUCUUGAGACACGCGAAGCAGAUGUUUCCAGUGUUGGAAUGUAAGGAUGAUCUACGUAAAAUCAGUGACUUAAGAAUACCUCCUAAUUGGUACCCAGAAGCCAGAGCCAUACAGCGGAAGAUAAUCUUCCAUUCAGGCCCCACAAACAGUGGAAAGACUUAUCACGCAAUCCAGAAAUACUUGUCAGCAAAAUCUGGAGUGUAUUGUGGUCCUUUAAAAUUACUGGCACAUGAGAUCUUCGAAAAGACUAAUGCUGCUGGUGUACCAUGUGACUUGGUAACCGGUGAAGAACGCGUGACAGUAGGGCUAGAUGGGAAGCAGGCGGCCCAUGUUGCUUGUACUGUUGAGAUGUGCAGUGUCACAACUCCUUAUGAAGUGGCUGUGAUUGAUGAAAUUCAAAUGAUUAAAGAUCCAGCCAGAGGAUGGGCCUGGACCAGAGCACUUCUAGGACUCUGUGCUGAAGAAGUCCAUUUAUGUGGAGAAGCUGCUGCUAUUGACCUGGUUACUGAGCUGAUGUACACGACGGGGGAGGAAGUAGAGGUUCGAACCUAUAAGAGGCUUACCCCCAUUUCUGUGCUGGAUCAUGCUCUAGAAUCAUUAGACAACCUUCGGCCUGGGGACUGCAUUGUCUGUUUUAGCAAGAAUGAUAUUUAUUCUGUGAGUCGACAGAUUGAAAUUCGGGGAUUGGAAUCAGCUGUUAUAUAUGGCAGCCUCCCACCUGGGACCAAACUUGCUCAAGCAAAAAAGUUUAACGAUCCUGAUGAUCCCUGCAAAAUCCUGGUUGCUACGGACGCAAUUGGCAUGGGACUUAACUUGAGCAUAAGACGAAUUAUUUUUUACUCCCUUAUAAAGCCGAGUAUCAGAAAGGGAGAGAAGGAAAUAGAACCAAUUACCACUUCUCAAGCCUUGCAGAUUGCUGGCAGAGCUGGUAGAUUCAGUUCAAAAUAUAAAGAAGGAGAGGUUACAACGAUGCAUCGAGAAGACCUCCGUUUAUUAAAGGAAAUUUUGAAUAGGCCUGUGGAUCCUAUAAGGGCAGCUGGUCUUCAUCCAACUGCUGAACAGAUUGAAAUGUUUGCCUACCAUCUCCCUGACACAACGCUUUCUAAUCUCAUUGAUAUUUUUGUAGACUUUUCACAAGUUGAUGGCCAAUAUUUUGUCUGCAAUUUGGAUGAUUUUAAAUUUUCUGCAGAGUUGAUCCAGCAUAUUCCACUAAGUCUACGGGUGAGGUAUGUUUUCUGCACAGCCCCUAUCAACAAGAAGCAGCCUUUUGUCUGUUCUUCACUGUUACAGUUUGCCAGGCAGUAUAGCAGGAACGAGCCCCUGACCUUCACGUGGUUACGCCGAUAUAUGAAAUGGCCAUUACUUCCACCUAAGAAUAUUAAAGACCUCAUGGAUCUUGAAGCUGUCCAUGAUGUCUUGGAUCUUUACCUGUGGCUAAGCUAUCGGUUUAUAGAUAUGUUUCCAGAUGCCAGCCUUGUUCGAGACCUCCAGAAAGAACUAGAUGGUAUUAUCCAAGAUGGUGUACACAACAUCACCAAACUGAUUAAAAUUUCAGAGACACAUAAGCUAUUGAAUUUGGAGAGCUUGUCAGCAGAGAGCCAGUCUCGUUUGUCGGGAACCUUAAAGAGCCCUAGAAGGAUGCGUCUUACCAAAACUUUGGAGAGUAAAGCUGCGGUACCGCCCACUCGUGCAGCAGAGAAAUCCCUUGCUUCCAGAUUGGUGCAGCAAGGACUCCUUACUGCAGACAUGCUGAAACAGCUAGAAAAAGAGUGGUUGACACGACGAACUGAGUAUGGCAGAGAAAGAACGGAAUCUGGGACUUACUCAAAAGGGACAAGAAGAAAGAAGAAGGAACCUGAUUCGGAUUAGUUUUAUUUUUAUUUUUGGAAAUAAAAUCUGUUUUAAAAUCCUUGUUUUUCCUUAUCUGCAUUUACUGUGUACUGUAGUAUUGUGGCUAUCUCUUAUUGUUUUGUUUUUGUUUUGCCCAGAAAAAAGAACUUUUAAAAAUGAGUAAACUGCUGUUUGUUUCUACAUUUUAAAUAUACGGAAUGUCUUAAGGGAUUUUAUUUAAAGCUUUAGCUAAUGGCCAUUUGUAGUAUAGAACUAAGAUAAUGCACUAUAAGGAACUCUGCAUGGGAAUAAAAUCAGUAUGAUGAAUUGUGUGACCAGUUUCCAACACCGCUGCUGAGGAUAUCAUGGAUGGAAUUCUUUGACAAAUACUGCAUGUACCAGAGGCUCUUCUAGGUGCUGGAAAUAUGCAGUAAGGAAGACAUAUGGAGAUUUUGAUAUGGGAGACAGACAGGAAUAAGUUCAAUACUGUCAGUUCUGUGAGGGCUGAGAUUGUCUGUCUAUUGACUACAAUCUCUUUAGUACCUAGACUAUAGUAGAAGCACAAUCAGUCUUUGUUAAAUGAAUGGAUGUAAUUUCAGAGAUAACUGCUAGGAUAAAGUAGAAUAAGGGAAGAGAGUGACGACAAGUGGUAGCAGUGGGCUGUUUUAGAUGCAGAGGUCUUCUGUGUCCAAAGGCCAGUCUGAUGCACAGUGGCCUCUACUUGUCCAACAAAGUUUUCAGCACACUUUAGAGACAGCUAAAAGGAGCAUAAAGACACAGGCUUUGGAGUUGGACAGACCUGGGUUCAGUUUCUCAUCACUACCAGCUCAGUGACCUUGCCCUCUCUGGGGCUUGGUCUCUUUAUCAGAAGACGAUGGACAAUAAUGCCUACAGAGUUAUUUGGGAGGUUAAAUGUGAUGAGGUGGCAUUUGACAGUACCUGGUGUAUAAGGAAGUGUUUCAUCAGUGAAACUGAAAGUUGGGGUUUGUUCUGGGCUGUGAAUUGGGCUCUUAGCUGAUUUCAAGAACUGAACUAAUUUCUUGAGCAACUGCUAACCAGUCUGACUUCAGACUAGGGAUUAAAUUGGUUUCGGAAAUUGGGUCAAGGGACAGCCAAGUUUGCCAAGCUAGUCAUCUCUCUACCUUUUUCUUUGGUAGUUCUGAGUUCAUAUGAUUUUUCAUUUAAUUGAGAUGUCAAGCUUUAUUCUUGUAACCUUUGCCUCUGUGGAAAUAAAGGCUGA